UGGAGGGGUCGGUCACUGCAGUAGCACAGCAGCAAACAGCAGUGAGGGGUCAUUUCGCUGUUUACCCCAGCUUUGGACAAAGCUCGCCUCAAAUCCCAAAGCCCAAUUUCUUGGUACCUGGCGUUGGAGGCUAGCGUCUCGGCGUCCCUUUCCGGCUCUAUUAUUCGUCUGUUUUGACAGCAAACUAUCGGUACCUUGUAUUAUAUGCCCCCCAGCUAUACCCAUGAUUUCACAUCCCCGACGCUGCGUUUGUUGGACUCCUGACGGCCUCUUGGUCAUCCGGGCUACCGAGUACCGACUCUAGGGAGACACCCUGUUGGUGGACAGUGGACUACAGCCAGACCUCUCUGUGUGCGUGCUCGUGUAUGCCAGGAGCCGAUCCCAGGACCGGUUUCUGUCCAACAGCGCAGAGGCCAGCAACCCCCCGGGUUUCGAUUCGUCGCGAUGCAUUGCGGCGUAUGCAUGACGAUGGAGGCGACACCCAUCCCGGAUCCCUGACUUGGCUCUGACUUGCCGCUUCGGCCUGACCGCCAAAACGGAGACGGUUGCGUGCGUACAUCAGCUGGAGAGGAGCUUGUGCAGGCUGUGAGGGGAAGAGAGGCGGACGACGUUGCUUGUGAUGGCCUUCUUGCCUCCUUUUUCAACACUCUGUCUGUCAGGCAGGCGAAGCGGGAAAGGCUGCGAUAUUUAAGUGCAAGUGGCGUCGUCGGCUAUCUAGACGAACUCUUUUUUUCUUGUUCCUGGUUUUUUUCUCAUGCGUGCAUGCUUUCCUUUCCAGCUCGAUUCGGACAGCUCUGAUUUUCUGUGUUAUCCCCCCACCUUGGGCCUCCCCUCCACGGGAGACACAAACCACAAACGGAUCCGCAGCCUGUCCCGCCCUGUCAGGUCCGUCCCCGAGCCCAUCCGCGUUACUCGCUCUUUCAGCAUCCCAGCUGUAGAGCUCCCUUGCUAGCUCGCCCCUUUUCUGCUGCGCUUCCUGUGGCCAAUAUAUAAAGGCGACACCCACGUCGCGCACGAUCGAGGGGCUCUCACAGCGACCUCUUCUGGCUCCCAUCCACCACCGCACAAACCAAAGGUCACGGAACAAUUAGUUGCCCAUCAUGUUCGGCAACCGCAAGUUCAGCAUCAACCGCCAUACGGGCAUUCCCAAGCCCGCCCGGCGAUUCUCUAUGGGAGAGCCUAGCCAGAGUGAGGCUAGCAGCAAGAUCCACAGGCAGUUCCGUGCUGCCCACGAGGGCCACCUCCCCCACGCCGGGCUCGAUGCGACGAGGGCCUCGACGGGCGUCGUGUGGUGCACGGAGCGCGCGUCCGAGUUCGGCUUCCUCGAGGAGCCCGAGCAGUGGGCCAACCUGGGCCAGGGCGCGCCCGAGGUGGAGGACGACAUCGAGGGCUGCUUCCCGCGGCCGAGCACCAUCGACAUCUCGCUCAACAGCCGCGAGUACGGCCCGACGGCCGGCAUCAAGCCCCUGCGCGAGGCCGUCGCGCACCUGUACAACGAGCACCACCGCAAGGGCAAGGACUCGCUCUACACGUGGGAGAACGUGGCCAUCGUGCCCGGCGGCCGCGCCGGCCUGAUCCGGAUCGCGGCCGUGCUCAACAACGCCUACGUCGGCUUCUUCAUCCCCGACUACACUGCCUACAACGAGAUGCUCUCGCUCUUCAAGAACUUCGCCGCCAUCCCCGUGCCGCUGUCCGAGGACGACGGCUACCACAUCCACCCGGACAAGAUCGCCGAGGAGAUCGCGCGCGGCACGGGCGUGAUCCUGACGUCCAACCCGCGCAACCCCACGGGCCGCGUCGUCGCCAACCCGGAGCUGGCCGAGAUCCAGGACCUGUGCCGCGAGCGCGCCACGCUCGUGUCGGACGAGUUCUACUCGGGCUACAACUACACGAGCAACUGCGACGGCACCACCAUCAGCACCGCCGAGAACGUCAUCGACGUGGACGAGGACGACGUGCUCAUCAUCGACGGCCUCACCAAGCGCUUCCGCCUGCCCGGCUGGCGCGUCGCCUGGAUCAUCGGCCCCAAGGAGUUCAUCAAGGCCAUCGGCUCGUGCGGCUCCUACCUCGACGGCGGCACGAACGUGGCCUUCCAGGAGGCCGCCAUCCCCAUGCUCGAGCCCGACCUGGUCCAGGCCGAGAUGGUGGCGCUGCAGCGCCACUUCCGCGACAAGCGCGACUACGUCGUCGCCCGCCUGCGCGAGAUGGGCUUCCACAUCAAGUACGUCCCGGACUCGACCUUUUACCUCUGGCUCAACCUCGAGGGGCUCCCCAACCCCAUCUCGGACGGCCUCAACUUCUUCCAGGCCUGCCUCGAGGAGAAGGUCAUCGUGGUGCCCGGCAUCUUCUUCGACCUCAACCCGGCCCGCCGCAGGGACCUGUUCGACUCGCCCUGCCACCACUUCGUCCGCUUCUCGUACGGCCCCAAGAUGGAGACGCUCAAGAUGGGCUGCGAUGGUAUCGAGAGGGUUGUGAACAAGUUCAAGAAAGCGUCGGCUCACUAGACGAAAAGAAUAAUGAUACCCUGCCCGCCGCCUGGCGCAACAAAGACUUGGACCACGGAGAUUUGUUACUUUUUGGUAUUGCAUCUUGAGAGUUUCUCAGGAUACAAAAGCAAGGGACACCAAAUUCCAAGCUGCAUCUCACAGCCAGGCUACCAUCAUAUUGAAACAACAUUCAAGCAAAAGUUCAGUUCAAUCUGCCUCAAUCUACGAGUGACCGUGUGAUCAGACCCAUGCAUGUACCUCCAGUUUUGAAUCCUCAUGUAUUCUUUUUCGUCAAAAUGCCUGCCGACUACAAGGUUCUAUCUAUCCUAUCCACAUGGAAGCGGACAAGCCACUCGGCCUUGACCACCGAGCAGUAGAACCCAAACGAGCGUGCCAGGACAAAACACCAGUGACCCAUGUACCAUACCUCGCAUCGCCUCUCAUCCCCCCAAAUGCC